AUGGAGCGUCCAACCACGCCGCCGGCCCCGAGCAGACCGGACAUUGCGUCAUCGCAAACUCCAGAGAUGACAAGGCGCAUAGAAGAGAGUCGUCUGCGAGCCAAAGCCAUUCGCGAACAGCGAGAAGCCGAGCAGCGAGCCUCGGGCACUGCGUCGGUGCUCCCCAAGUCGGCCGCCGGCUUCAUACCCACCGAGAACGUGCACGUCUCGAAGCCGAUCAACGGGAAACGUACCUACACAGAGAUUUCCACCGGAGACAUUGCGGGAGGCAGCAAUCGUGAUGCGCGCAACGCGGGCGACGAGGCGGCCCUGCGACCGGCUCGCAAGUUUACAAAGUUUGUAGACUACAACAUGAGCUCGAUGACAGACACAAAAGGUGGUUUUCUUUCCAUGGAGGACGACCCUCACAACUAUGCGCUGGGAGCUCAGAAGCCCGGCCAGGUGGACGAGCAGAGGCCAAAGGGCAUGACGAUUCAGGAAUGGGAGAAGCAAAAGACGCUUAAAAACCUGAGGCGACUAAAAGCAGGCCCUUUUGAGCCGGGUAUCAGCGUUUUGGAUGAUCAGAAGACGAGGAAGAAGUGCAGAGAAUGCGGCAGUCUGGAGAUUGACUUUGUCUGGGAAGAGGUCUUUCACGUCUGCGUGUGCAACAAGUGCAAAGACAAGUAUCCCGAAAAGUAUUCUUUGUUGACCAAGACGGAGUGCAAGGAAGACUAUCUCCUGACAGAUCCUGAGUUGCGGGAUCCUGAGCUGCUUCCGCAUCUGAACAAGCCAAAUCCGCACAAAUCUCAUUGGCACGACAUGAUGCUGUUCUUGAGAUUUCAAGUCGAGGAAUAUGCCAUUGGCACGAAAUGGGGAUCGGCAGAAGCACUGGACGCCGAGUACGAGCGGCGUGAAACACAAAAGAAGGCGCGCAAGGAGGCCAAGUUCAAAGAGAAACUGCUGGACCUGAAGCGCAAGACGAGGACCGAAGCAUUCCGACGACAGGCCGGAACGCUGGGAAACAAGAAUGGCGCGCCGAGCAAAUUUGGCGAUGCCGUGGGUGGUGGAGGACGGCAUGUGCACGAAUGGGGCAGGACUGUCGAGAACGAGGAGGGCAUGACGGUCAAGACGUGCGUGACGUGUGGCAUGGAAGUGGAAGAGCUGGAGUUUUGA